AAAUGGUCGCUGAGGAGAGAGGAGCUGGGCCUCAAACAGAGCAUUCAUUCAGAGGAACAUUAUCAACUCCACAAUGAAAGAUUUUGUCCUGUCAUUGCUGAGUCGUGGGUAUGGCCAAAUUGUGCCAAAUGAAGACGGUCAUGAUGGAAGACUGGAGGUCUGUUUUGAACCACAGGAUUACUUCAACUGGAAAUCCCAGCCUCCACUGCUGCGUCUUACCAGCAGUGGCCGUUUUUUUGGAGGACUGGAGCCUGUGCCUCCGAAAACCUACAGUACGAGGAGAGGGCCUCUUAUUCUGUAUUCAGAGGACCUUGCACUGGCAUACCGAUCUGGCCAGGUUAACAGGAAGAGAAAGGCUCCGAGCUGCCCAAAACAGGAAGCUGAGAAGCAGCUGCACACACUGCAAGACCUGACUGGAGCUAUUUUGGCUUUUGGAAAAAAGAAAACCUUUGUUGGAUCUCUUGCCGGUGUAACACACCCCUUAUUGCCAGAUAAACAUGUUAUACAGAACAUCAACAUGCAUCACAGACCUGGAGAGAAGAACUAUAAUUCAAGCCAGGUUAAAGGAGAAAACACUAAUCAGAUCAAAUACCAGCCACAUUUCCUCUGUUCCCCUCGGCCCAACAGGGCAGACCUGGGCCCUCUACCACCCAUAAUGGAUGGUUUGGUACAUGUACAAAUCCAGGAGAAAACUCAGGCGGCAUCAGAUGAACAAAUGACCUUUAAGACCAAAGAACAGAAAGAGCAACUGAAAGAGAAGCCAAAAGAGAGAAAAAGACCAGUAAAGAGUCUCAGGAUAGCGGCUGACACAUGCAGAGCUCACAUGAGUCCGAUUCCUGAGACAGAACCUGCACAUCGGACUGAAGAUCAAACAGAGACUCCAGCAACCAAAAAAAUCACCUCUACAAUACUCCCACAUCUGAUCGACCAUCCUAAGGAUCUAAACAACCGUGGGAAGCGCAGCCGGAUGGAGAGUGGAUGUGGUGUUGGAGAGAUGUGCACUCUGAGGUCAGUGUAUGUGGAUUCGUCUUUGGAAUGCAGCCCACUCUCACGGGUCAACUACUACGGUGGACACAUGGAGGGAUCCCGCCAGAUGAGACACUGCGGAGGUGAAACUCACAUGAGGAGAGUGAAUAUAGAAACCGAUCCCAGCUUCACCGUUUUCCACUUACCGCCCAUUAACCAGAGUCCACUGGUCAACUCAAGCUCUGACAUCACUUUAACAAUGAAUCAAACAGAAAUAAAAGAGAAAAAAAGCAGCUGUGAGAAUUUACCAAAAAGGGACCUACACGUACAUCUCCCUGACAUCAAAGUGGGAACUACACAUGAAAACCCCUCGGAGAGACGCAUCCACAACAAAGUGCUGCUGCUUUUCCCUGCGCAAACAGAACAUACAGACACCAAUCAGCCAGAAGAUGACCUCCACAGAACCCCUGUAAAAGAGACUGAGCCACGUGGUGAUUUGGAGCAUGCAGUAGGGAUAGACCAAAGAAAACAGGACCCUCUCUCUGACAGCAAGUGCAGGAUUAUAGAGAUGAACCUCAGACAUGUCAUGUGGUCUGAUGAUCUAGGAAAAGGAGAUCAACAUCCUCCUCUUGGUCCAUUGCCCCCCCUGGUGGGCCGGAGGGGUCCAGGUAAACAGAGCUCCAUGGCGGUGUACAGACAGAACCUACACGACCCUGCAGACACAACAGAAACACAAACAGGAAUCACUAGAGGUUGUCUCCCUCUGGAGCUCAGAGAAUGGCAGGGAGGCCAAGCGGUGGGCACCUUAAUAAUGGGUCCUGAUGGGGAAAUCAUACGCUUGUCUCUCUGGGAUCCCGCAGUUGACACUAAGGACCACCCAAUAAUGGGUGAUGUCACACAAGGUCACGUUCUUAAGGUUGUGACUUCAGAGGGAGAUUUGAAACAGCCUUGGACAAUCCUUAUAGAGGACCACGACACAGAUGAAGAGGAAGACACCACAAGUAAUACUGAAGAAACUACUUCAAACACAGAACAGCUUGACUCUAGUCAUGAGGAGUUUAAGGUCAAUAAAACUGCAGAGAAAAUGAACGCCACAAAGAGGCGGAAUCCAUUAGGUUCCCACAAUAAAACAGUUCGGAAGAGGCAGGUGGAUGAGGAAGAGGAGGAGGAGGAAGAGGAAGAGGAGGAGGAAGAAGACGAGGAGGUGGAUGAGGAAGAGGAGGAUGAGGACAAGGGAAAUGGCUCUGACAAUAAACCUGUUAAUAAUGCACAGGUGUUUAGGGUGAAAGCUCAUGCACAACAGAAUAAUGCAGAGGACGAUUUCGGCUCUGACUGUCAGAUAAUUCAGAAAGAAAGGGUGAUUAAGGUCAGAUCACAUGCAGAGCAGACUAAAGCCAAGAGGAAGGAAAUUCGUUUAGGUGCUGACAAUGAAAUAAUCCAGGACGAACAGGUAUAUAAGGUCAGAUCACGUGUAAAGCAGACUAAUGCCAAGAAGGAUGAUUGUUUAGGUGCUGACAGUGAACUCAUCCAGGAGGAAAAGGUGUUUAAGGUCAGAUCGCGUGCAAAGCAGACUAAUGCCAAGAGGAAGGAUGAUGGUUUAGGUGCUGACAGUGAAAUAAUCCAUGAGACGCAGACAUUUAAGGUGAGAUCCCAUGCAAAGCAGACUAAAGCCAAGAGGAAGGAGGAUUGUUUCGGCUCUGACAGUGAAAUAAUUCAGAAUGAACAGAUCUAUUUACCGGAGGAGAGAUUAGAGGAAAUGAGCAGCUCUACGACUCACCAGCUCAACAAAACCGGAGAGGAGGCCACUGGGGUGCAAAAAAAACGAAAAGUAAAGACAACAACUUUACAGCCGGAAACAAAGGUGACACGGAGGUCAAGGAAGUCCAAAGGUGCUGCGCCUGCUAUCAGCCCUAAAUCAACACAUGUCACUCCCAGAGCACAUUCACCGGAUUCUUUGUCUCCUGAAGGACAGUCAGAAAUCCAGACAGGAUUACCAACGGAGGCAGAAAAAGGUCAUUCGGAAAACACAGGUGGAAGAGAAGACACAGAACACACGUUGGUGGAGAAAGUGAAGAAAAAUAAAAAGUCUAAUAAGCAAACAGGCAAAUCAAAAGGGACGAGUGUUCAAAUUCAUGAAGACAUUGAGACCCAGAAUACCAGUGUUCCUGAUGAUCCCACUUCUACUUCAAAGAAAAAGAAAAAGAAAACAGAAAAACAGAAAAAAGAAGAGACUAAAGAAGAAAAGGAAGAGCCUAUAAAAGCCCAGAAUCUGACAGUUAAAGUUAAAAAGAAAAAGGGUCAACCAUUUGUUGUAGGAAAACCUCGGCCACAGGAUGUUGAAUGGAUGGCAAAUCCAGUGGAUGAGCCUGAGAGACUGAUGACCCAUGAGAGAGAGAUGACGACUCACGACUCAGAGGAUGAACUAGAGAACACUGAGAACACACCAGAACACACCUAUACUGACUCUGACUAUGACAUGGAUGCUGAUACAGACCGAGAGAGUACAGACACACAUGAAGCACAUGACGACUCUCCCAGAUCAGUUUUCAGCACUCACAGAUCACAGCAGUCACUCAUUACAGCACAUUCAGAUGUCAGCAUUCACAGACUCUCGCAGAGCUCCAUCAGAACCCCCUCAAUGAGGAUGGGGUCCCACUGCAGCCCGUGCAGCCCAGCACCCCUGUCUCUCAUCUACCUGCCUCCUCAGUCAGCACUACCUCCUGUCUCAGACCCUACUAAAUCUGAGCCAGGAAAUGAUGUUAAAAGCAACGAGGUUCCAACUAACCAAACAGACAAAAAAGCUGAAAAGGCAGAGCGCCGCCGUCUGGAGGUGGAGAGGAAACGUAAGGAGAGAGAGGAGGAAAAGAAGAGACAGCAAGAAAAGGAGACGACAGAAGAGAGGAUGAGGCUGGAACUGGAAGAAGAACAAAGGAAAAGAGCAGAGGAAGCGAGGUUACAGAAGAUCAGAGAAGAAGAUGGGAGACAAAGAAGACAGGAGGAAGAGAUGGAGAGACAGAGGAGAGAGCGGGCAGAGAAGGACAGAGAAAGAAGACGACAGGAGGAGAAGAGGAGGCUGCUGGAACGGCUCCAGAGAGAAAGACAGGAAGAGGAGAAACGGCAGGCUGCUCAACUGGAACGUCAGCGUUUGGAAGAGGAAGCUUGGAAGGAGGAGGAGCUCAGGAAGUUGUCAGAGAUGGAGGAGGCUGAGAGACUGGAGUACCUGCGCAGACAGCAGGAGCAGCAAGAGGAGAGGAGGAAAGCUGCUGAGGAGAGGAGGAGGAAGGAGGAGGGAGCAGCGAUGCAUGCUGAAGAAGAGGCUAGACUGCAGGCUGAACUGUUUGCCAGGCAGAGGGCAGCACUGGAGCAGCACUUAAAGUUUCAGAGGGGUCUUUUUGUGGAGGCUGACGGCCUGGAGCAGACACAGGAUAUUUCUCGGCCCUGGAUUUUCUCCUAUUUCACCCUGUUGAAGCUGCUUGGCUUGGAUGAGGCAGCAUCUGAGGACACACUCAAAGAUGUGCUGUGAUUCCUUCAUUUGGGUUCAUGCAGUAAAUUCUCACACCCAGCACUUACAACUAGUGUUUCAGUUAUGUGCCUUUUUCUUCAGUAGGUGAACAAUCUGUGUCGCAUGUGAAUCAAUGAGUUAAACUGCUGGAUUGCUCAACAUAUUCGCAGAUGUCGAACUCUGUCAUUUCAACAUAUCAGCACUUUUGAA